ACAAACCAAAGAUAAUGUAGAUGAAACACCUUUUAGCACUGCCUUCGGCUGGAAGCCCAGCUCGUUUCGCUCAGCUGUGCGACUGAGCCCUCCCUUUCUCAUUGAGCAUGCGCGCCGAAGCUUGUAAACAAUGAGACCAUUCCAGACUAUCCCUAGCAUUGUGUCUGUUUGAACAGUUAUUUUACGUUGUAUUAAAGCAUUAUAUGCAGCAUGAUCAGCAGAUAUAACGGUAAUUUGUGGUAGCUGCAGCAUGGAGGCCACCCUGAGCAGGCUGCAGGGCCUGAGCGCAGACGAGCUGCGUGAAGAGUUCGUCAAGGCCAACCUCAAGUGCGGCCCCAUCACAGCCACCACUCGCGCCAUCUUCGAGAGGAAGCUGGCCCGUGCUUUGGUGAGUGAAGAUGGCAGCGCCAGCGCUGGCUCGGGCAGUGAUUCGGGGGCCUCCAACCCUGGGCCCCAUCCUCCCUCGACGUCUGCAGAGCCGCAGGCCAGCGAGGACGGUGAUUUUGGCUACGGCAUGGGCCUCAACCCACCCGAGGAGGAGGCUCUGAUGGAGAAGACAGCCGUGGUGGGCUGCGUCAGGGCCGACGAGACUGACGGGCAGACGCCCUCCAAGCCCACACAAGUGUCACCAUCCUUCUACUAUGGCGUGUGCCCACCGUGGGAGGAUGUGCUGGUCAGGACUGAUAGAGUACAUGUGUACAGUGAUAAGAAGGAAGCCCUGCAGGCAGUGAAGAUGAUGAAAGGGGCUCGAUUCAAAGCCUUCAGCAGCCGCGAGGACGCCGAGAAGUUUGCCAAAGGCAUCUGUGAUUACUACCCCUCUCCCAGCAAAGCCAUGCCAUGCAUCUCGCCUGUCAAGCCAGGCCUCUUCGCUAAGGACAUCAGCUCUGGGAUGGAGACGGACACCAUCAACAGGGAGAAGGCGAACAGUUUCAAGAGCCCGCGCACACAGGACCUGACGGCCAAGCUGCGCAAGGCGGUGGAGAGGGGCGACGAGGUGGCCUUCGCUGAGCUGGUCUGGAGCAAUCCACGCUAUCUCAUCGGCUCAGGGGAUAAUCCCACUGUGGUGCAGGAGGGCUGCCGAUACAACGUGAUGCACGUGGCUGCUAAGGAGAACCAGGCUGGGGUGGCCCAGCUCCUGCUGGACACGCUGGAGAACCCCGAGUUCAUGCGUCUCAUGUACCCCGACGACCACGAGGAAAUGCUGCGGAGACGCAUCCGCUACAUCGUGGACCUGUACCUCAACACUCCGGACAAAGCCGGCUUUGAGACACCGCUUCACUUUGCCUGCAAGUUUGGCUGCCCAGAGGUGGUGAACGUUCUCUGCUCCCACCCCGAGACUGACAAAAACUGCAGGAACAAGUAUGACCAGAAGCCAUGCGACGUCAUAUGUGAAAGGAAAAACAAAACUCAAGAAGUGAAGCAGAAGAUCUGUGAAUAUUUAGAAGAUCGCUGUUAUGUGCCCUUGUUGAGGGCGACGGACAACUCCUCCCAGCCGGUGAUUGGAACCCCAUGGUCCCCUGAGCCCUCUGAGCCUAUGCCCUCGAUGCUGUCCAGGAGUCCUAUGGACCCUGUCAUGGCGGUCAAAGCCUACGCAGGGCCUCUGAGUCCAUCAAAGGCCGACGAAUUCCGCAGAGCAUGGAAGACGCCCCCCAGGGAUCGUGCUCUACACUUCCACCACAUCCUUAAGUCUGAUCCCGACCGGGGAGCCGAGAGAGUGGGCAGAAAUCUUGCCCAUGAAUUGGGCCAUCCCUGGGCAGAAUACUGGGACUUCUUGGACUCCUUUGUCGACCUGUCGUCUGCAGAGGGUCUUCGAAAGCUGGAGGAGCACCUGAGCAAGAAAGACUUCAGCGAGCACGGCCACCGAGAGACCGGCGAAAAUGAGACCAGCAACCGGUUCAGAACCCCAUCACCAGGCAAGCCCAAAAAGUUCUGCAACUCCAUCUCGGUGGGUGCUUUCCUGGACGAGGGCGAUGACCUGAGCCUGGAGGAGAUGAAGAACCGGCAGAACGCUGCCCUCACCAGCGUCUGCUCCAAGGACAGCCUGAAGGGGGCGGUGGGCGGCCGCGAGUUCCACAUCCUGCCCGUGUCGCGCAGCGCCGACCUCAUCGAGACGGCCGCCGAGCAGGACCUCCUCUGCGCCGCCGACAAGAGCCUGCUGUCGUCCGCCAGCAGGAACGGCCUGUGUCCGGCCUCCUCCGGCGCCGACCGAACUCAGAACGGGGACAAGGGCUCCCCUCGCGGCCUGUCGUCUUCCUCCUCCUCCUCCUCCUCCUCCUCCUCCUCCUCCUCCUCCUCCGCGGCCGCCUGCCUGCUGUCCCCCAUGUCCAACCUGAUGGUGGAGUUUGAGCGCAUGACGCUGCUGGACGAGAUGGAGCGGCAGCCCCGGGAGCGGAGGCGCAGCGGCGGAGGAGGCCCCCGGCAGAAGGACGGGCUCCCGCGGGACUCGUACCUGCCGGCGGCCGAGCUCAUCUCCAGCGUGGGCCGCCUGUCGCUGGGCGGCGGCGGCGGCGGCGAGGACUCUGUGUUCUCAGCGAGCUGCGCGGAGCGCGACUGCGGCGACUCGUGGAAGGGGGCAGGCGGCGGCGGCGGCGGGGGGAAGGGGGACGGGACGGACGAGGGCGGCCGCAGGCUGGAGGACCGGGGGAGCUCGGGGUCGGACGAGUACGUGUCGGCCGAGGAGAGCCUGGAGGGCGGGGGCCAGAGGACUAGAGGGCCCGUGGUCGAGCGCACUCUCUGCUCCAGGUCCAAGUCGUGGGACCACGGGGGCCGAGACAUGAGCAGCUCAGGGUCGUCCGGCUCCUACCGAUCUCUGGAUUCCCCUGACUUUAUAUUAAGGACGCCGCCCCGCUUUAAAAAAUGUAUUUUCAUUGAAGGGGAUUCGCCAACCAAGCUGGACAGGGAAGUACUGUCUGCAGUAGAAGCCAUAGAUGUUGAUCCCCUGAAAUACCCCAGCAUUUACAAAUGGAAGAGCACAAUGCACACAUACUCCCCCACUGAGAUGCAAAGGUGGCCGACCCCAGCCAUCGUACGGCGGCCUCCCAAGGUUCAGACGUUCACCCCGGGCUCCCCCGUCAGCAGCCUGGCCUCGCCCCUCGGCCGCUGCAGCCCCUCCCGGUACACGCCGGGGUCGCCCGACUUUGGCAGCCCCGGCCGCUACAGUCCAGCACACGCCAGCUUCAUCCAGCGCCUUCGCCUCAAGCACUUCAGCGACCCCCCCAUUUAAGACGCAGCAGACAUCCCACUGCCCCGACUCCCCUCCUCCCCCCCUCCCCCCCUGUGCUGCACACCUCGCCAACCCGGGUGACUGCAUACUGGCUUCAAUCACAUCAGAAAUAUGCACAAGUGUCUUGAGGGUUUGAAUUAACGACGUGGUACUCCGACAUGUGAUGUACAGGUUUUUUGGUUUUUUUUGGAUGUAUGUUAAGAAUUUUUUCAAACUAGUCUCUUUACAGUGUAUGUAUGAGUGUGAGCUUUGUCAAAAAUUACAGUAAUAAUAUUAUUUAUAGAACAUGGUGACAUGCACUUGUGUCCUCGCUCAAAAAAAAAAAAGAAAAGAUUUUAUCGUUUAAUAACGGAGAGGAAAAAAAGAAAAAGGGUUGCAUUCAAAACAUCAAAUGCAAAAUUCUUGUGCGGACGCAUUGUUUGAAAAUAGUUUGUAAAAAAUUAAGCUUAAUGUGAGGAGAAAAAAGUGUGAAAUUAUUUUUGGUAUAUCACUUACGUAGCACAAAAUGAUCGAAUUGUUUUUGUUUUGUUUAUGUGUGUAAAUGACUGCCAGUUCCUGUUUUUAAGUUUGUGAGUUUGAGAAUUGCCUUAAUUUUUCUGAGAUGAGGGACCAGCCUCCAGUCAGAAUUUGCCACACCAUGUCCAAAAUCAGCCAAUCGUGUUUUACCAAUGCCUCCCUGUCCAUAUUUUUAAAUCCAAUAAAUGUGUUAAUUUUUGUAGAUACCUGAA